UUGGGCUGGAGAGCGGUCCUUCCUGUUCCUGCCCGGCGGCGCCCUCUUCCUGGCCGGGGUGGGGAGGGGCCGAGGACCUGGCUGGGCGUUGUGUGGGCGCAGCGCCGAUUUGACCAUGAUGGCCACCGGCGCUGAGCUGCUGCCUUCCGGCGCCGCCCGGCUGCUGUCCGCGCUGCUCUAUGGCGCCUGCUCCCUGCUCCUUGUGCUGCUCAACAAGGCUUUGCUGACCGCUUACGGCUUCCCUUCGCCAAUUGUUCUUGGAAUUGGACAGAUGGCAGCCACUAUAAUGAUACUGUUUGUAGCCAAGCUGAAUAAAAUAAUUCAUUUUCCUGAUUUUGACAAGAGAAUUCCUGCAAAGCUGUUUCCCCUGCCUCUUCUCUACAUUGGAAACCACUUAAGUGGGUUAUCGAGCACAGGGAAAUUAAGCUUGCCGAUGUUCACCGUGCUCAGGAAAUUUACCAUUCCACUUACUCUACUCCUGGAGACCAUCGUACUUGGGAAGCAGCACUCCCUAGACAUUGUGGCCAGUGUCUUCGCCAUUGUCCUUGGGGCUGUCGUGGCAGCUGGUUCUGACCUUGCUUUUAACUUGGAAGGUUAUAUUUUUGUAUUUCUGAAUGACAUCUUCACAGCAGCAAAUGGAGUUUAUACCAAACAGAAAAUGGACCCAAAGGAGCUAGGAAAGUAUGGAGUGCUGUUCUACAAUGCUUGCUUCAUGAUUAUCCCCACUUUUAUUAUUAGUGUCUCCACUGGAGACUUCCAACAGGCUGUUGUUAAACUCCUGGACUCAAGUGAUUCUCCUGCCUCUGUUUCCCAAGAAGCUGAGACUACAGGAACGUGCUACCACACCCAUCUGGGCUUCAUCUUAAUAACAUGGUUUGACUUCACAUUUUUUGUAGUUUACUGUGGUAUGAAGAUGAUGUUUAUUCAAUAGAAGUCAUAUUGCAAAUUGUACGUAGUGUUCUUCUUGCCCCUAGCUUUAAACGGGGGUGAGGAGCAGUUUCAAUACAUAUAAAAUACUUUGGUCAACUUUUAUGCUGGUGAUUCCAUUUUAGAUUUUGCAUCAAAUACAACAUAAAGAAGUGACUUCAUGUAUGCAAAGUAACAUCUUGUUUGCCAAGAUUGGUUUUGUUGUGAACUAUGAUUGGUGAAAUAGAGCAAGAUGCUUACUCCUUUUGCUCUUGGAAGGAUAAAUUGAAUGCAUCCUUUUCUCUGGCUGACUGAUGACUGGGUGUGGGAGAGAGGGACUGGACCAGAGGCCACAGUGAUGUAUGUGUGACCCACUGCUGUGCAAAGUCCAUCCUGACUCUGGAUUUACACAGUUGCUGCAUCUGUUAACAGGACCUUGAUUCUACUGUUGAUCAACAGUAAGAGAUGACAGCUCCUUUUGUUGUCAAAUCAGGCCCUUGGAAAAUAGUCUAAAGUGAACUUUGUUUAGUCACAUGAUUCUCUGGAAUGGUCCAGAGUCCAUCUGGUGUUUCAUAGCUGAUAAAUAGGGAUUAAAAAAAUAGGGCUUUGUUUUUACUUGGUUGAAAAAUAAACCCAAAGUGCAAAAUGAAAACAAUUCACAUUUCCACAUACUUUAACAGAAAUAGUAAGUCUAAAAGAAGUACUUUAUUGUUAUUAAUCUUUAAUUACUGCCUAUUUUAAAAUAAAUAUCCUGCUGCAUCGUUUCCACAACUGCCA